UUGUCAAAGUGCCAACAGAACGUCAUACGUAUCGAAAAUCUAAUAUUUUAUAUUUAUAUGCGUUUUGGUGACGUGUAGAUAACUUUUUCAAUAGCUUGAAACUGAACAUUGUUUAAAUCUUAAGUACUGCAAUUUUCUACAUACAACAAACAUACAUUAAAGUUUCACGAUGAGGAAGCUGAAGGGAACUGUGAAAGAAACCGCAAAACAGAAACGUGAGAGAAAGCAGGAAUUCGCUAAAAUGCGUAAUCAGAUUAACACAGUAGUACUUCCUACUUUUGGUGUAAUAUUUAUGUUGAUAUGUGUUUAUGUUUAUUUUAAAACCCGGCCAGCGACUAUGCAGUAUGCGUAAUAAUGUCUCUCUCAUCGAAGAAAACUCUUCCUGGCCAAUACAAUGGUUGUGAACUUUUAAGACUUCCUGAAACUAUGUCAUUUCCAAAUAUUUUAUUUUCUAUAUUUUCCUCUCACUUACAUUCCAAAACAUAUCAGUUAAUGUCCAUUUUAUAAAUUAACAUAUUAAUUUUAUGAAUGUCAAAGUUGAGAACACCACCAUUAGAUUUAUAUGAAUGGAUUAUAAUAUAUUUUUACAUACAUUAAUUUAUAAUCUAUAAGUACUUAAAUGUUGUAUUAAAAAAAAAAACCUAUUUGUUGUGCAAUAAAUUAUUAAAAUUAA